AUGCGAGCUGCGCUGACCUGGAGAGAUAAGGCGGAGCAGUGGUAAGAAGGCGCCUCCCUGUGACAAGCCUAGAGGGUGGAGUAGGUCGGUGGGGGAGGCCUGGGGGGGGCAUGGAGGAAAGGAAGGAAGUGGGGGCUUCGACCUCCAGCCAAAAAAUAAGGCCUCCUCAGUCCGCUCUCCCUACCAGCAUCACCAGCAGUAAGCGAGUCGUGAGGGGGACGGCGUGCAAUUUUAUCCCGCUCGCGGCAGGCAGCAUAAAACCUCCGCAGCUUCCCCCGCGACCGUUUCUGAAGGCAAACGAGUUUAAUGCAGCCAACUGCAGCGCUAGGGAAAAUGAACGGCAGCAGCAACAGCAAAAACAACUUAGAAAGAUGCUUCCACGUUUAAACUGGAAGCCACAAAGCUGUUAAGAUAAUGCUUUUGCUGCAGACAGGGAGCGCGUGGGUUUUCCCUUUUGGUGGAAGGGACACAAAGCGAGACCCUGGCAGGUUUCAGUUGUUGUGUGUGUGUGUGGGGGGGGUGCGCUUCCCAGAGCCUAAGGUGCUUUAUCUGCAUUCGUUGCCAAAAGGGGCUUGUGGGUUUUUUUUGAGGCAGACAGGCCCCUCUGUCCCCUCGACGGUCCUAUUAUGUCCGUUGGUUUAACGUAAGAUCUUCCCCGCUGAGUUGAUGUUCUUACGGUGCUCCAUCGGUAGGACUGGAACCCAGCCAGAUGGGCGGGGUGCAAGCAAUAAAAUAAUAUUUAAAAUCCACAGUGGCCUAUACUGGUUGUUUUACUCGCUGCCUCAAUUCUUGUACUGGGCAGGUGGGUAAAGCUUUCAUGAGGAAACUUCAACAAAUAGUUGAUGCAGGUUCGUUUUUCCCCAAACCCCAUAGGUAGUAUAUAUUGCAGCACAUCAUCUUAAAAUUCAAAUGCUUUGGUUUAAUUGAGGUGUAUCUUUUUUGGGGGGGGGUACUAUCUGUGUACACUUUGUGACAUUGGUCUUCAGCUGGUGGGUUGGAACUCACCUGAUCGCCACACCAGCAACAUUACUGCUGGGUCAGACCAUUGUCCUCCCGUAAUCCACCACCUUGGCCGCCUUUGUAGCACCUGUGAUUUCCAGCAACUCAGAGUCAUAGGCAUAUUGCCUCUGAUAUUGGAGGUAGAACGUAGCCACCUUGGCCAGUCACCGUUGAUAGCCAUGUCCUCCAUAAUUCUCCCUUUUUUAAUGUAUUUUUAUUAAAGAUUUUCUUGGUUUACAAAAGUAUGUGCAAUGUCUCUUUCUCCCCCCCCCCCCGUAACAUUUUUUACAGAUCAGUUUCAUUUGUUGAGACCAUCACUGCCCUCUGUGGAAGCAAAUGCCAUAGUUUAACUAUGCACUGCAUUAUAAACACUCUCAUCUGUCAUGAAUCUUCCACAAUUCAGCUUUGUUGGAUGAGCAUGAUUUCUAGGGGUGUAAGAGUGUGGGAGAAAAAAAAUAUAUCUAGCCACUGUCUUUAUACCAUGUGUAAUUGUGUAAACGUCUAUCUUGUCACCUAUUACCUUUUCUGGAAACUUAAAAAGUUCCAAAUGCUGCAACCUUUCCCUUUAGGGACCCUUCACCAUUUAGGUUGCCCUUUAAGCAUUUAUAACUCACAUUUCAUUGGAUACUUCAGUACCACAGCAGAGAACAAUUAAAUAAAGCAAUAAUAAAAGAUACAUAAAAGAUAAUAUACAAUAAUUACAACAGCCAUAAAAACAAGUGUUUGGCUGAAAUGUUGAUUUAUUUAUUUUUACUAUUGGCUGUGUGGGUGAAUAAUCCCCAGUUUUGUCUAGAAUACGUACCUUUAACAUAGAUAAAUUGCAAUGGCUAGAGUAGCUAAAUGAAUAAAGUCAGUGUUUUGAUGUAAUGCUUUGAGUAUGUAAAUUGUAGCCUUUUGAUUUGGCAGAUAUGAAAUGUCUUGAAAAUGGUAUGAUUGAGGAAAUGUACGAAUGACAAUUGUGGUAUAUGAAUAUUACUCUGAACCUACAUCCACAAAUUGAAUUCCUUUCAAAAUACUCAUUCUGUAGGGUAGUGAUCUAUAUCUAGAGAUCUUGUUUUUUAUGUACCAUAUGGGAAAAUAUUGGGGAUAUGAGGAGUUUGGGGUGCCAUUUAAUACCUUCCUUUGUUUUCACAGUAUAUAUGACCUUGCUUUUAAGCCUGAUGGAACUCAACUAAUAAUUGCAGCUGGAAACAGAUUACUGGUAUGAGGUUUUCUUUAAAAAACAACAACCCACCCACCCUUAUUUGUUAAUUAACAUCUUGAAAUAUUUGGUAGAUUAAUUUAUCAAAAGAACUCUAAUUUCUUUAUUAUUUACUAUAACACAUAUGGUAAUCUAUUGAAAGAACUCUUAUUCCUUCUCUAUUUAAUGUAACACAUUUUUUUAAAAAACUUACAACUGUGGUGUAAUUUGACUAUGUUAAAAGCUAAUUACUUUUUAGCUAUUUAACAUCUUUAAACAGAGAGAAGGCUCUUGUCUUUGUUUUGAUAAAUUAAGCUGAGCUGGAAGAAGUCAACAGCUAUUUUAAAAAGAUACACCAAAUUAUCUAUCUGCAUAUUUCAUAGAUGCUUUUUUCCAAUUUCCUAAUGUUUGUCGUCAUUAUUUGUAAAGCUUGCUUCUAAUUUCUUGGUGUGGAUUUAUGAAUUGUUUCUAAGUACAUGAUGUAAGAAGUUAAGUGAAGGUAGGUCUACACCAGCCUUGCAAAUAAGCCCAUAAAGAUACUAGCCUGUGGCUUUUGUUUUUCAUGCCUGAAGGCUGGUGGCUUGAAUUUCCAUGCUGGUUAUGGAGAAGGAGGAAGUUCCCUUCUCCAGGUCAGUAUGGAAAUACAAGGUACUAGCCUCUGCUAGGAAAAAAAAGCAUUCUAGCAAGAGUUUGUGGCCAGCCUGCUCACUUACCUGUAUGGCAGGGAUGGGGAACCUCUGGAUAUUGUUGGACUACAACUUUCAUUGCCCUUGGCCAGUGACCAUGCUAGCUAGGGCUGAUGGAAGCGUAUUUCAACAAUUAUCUGGAGGGUUGCAGGUUCCCCAUUCCUGGUGUAUGUAGUUUCAUGCACUUGCCUCCAUGGAAUUUUUUCUUGCUUAUGACAGUCGGGAGAUUUAAAAAAUGUAAGGCUAGUCUCUACACUCCUUCGAUAGGAGGUUGCUAUGCGCACUUUGGAAAUUGGUUUGGAGGGGUUGGUGCAGUGGCAUUUAGGGCUUGCUGAAAUAAGGCUUUCUCAUAACUUUUCGGGGCUGGAUUGUCCUUUUGAUACCUUUCAUUUCUAAGCCCCAUGGAGCAGAUUCACUGCUCCUAAUGUCAGCUCAGUCUGGCGCUGGCUAGAAGCUGUAACACAGGAAUUUAUUUUUUGUAUCUAGAAGAAACAGAAUAGACCUGCCCAGCCCUGCUCUGCUUUACCAAACCCAGAAUCCCCAGUGGCCUUUAUUUGUAAUCACACUGGAUAUGAAAAGAAUAGGGUUAGGCUGUUUGUCCUGUUAUAAUGCUGGCUUCUAUGUGUCAGUCCAUUAAGAAAAUUACUUGUUGGAGCUGUAUUUUAGAAGUCAUGUAACUGCCACUUUAAAAAUAUGAAUAAACAGAAGAGAGCCUGUAUCUGGACUGAGAAACAUAGAAAGCUGCCUUGGUUUGUCUAGGGCUAUAGUGUUAAUUUGUGCAUCUAAUUCUUAGACUUAUCUCUUUAUUUUAUCUCUACAGGUAUAUGACACUUCGGAUGGAACAUUAAUCCAGCCCUUGAAAGCACAUAAGGAUACAGUGUACUGUGUAGCUUAUGCCAAGGAUGGUAACUUAAACCUUCUGGAUUUUUUCAAACCAUUAGCAUUUGAUCAGGUUUCAUAGGAACAGAGUGUCAUUUGCAUUUAUAUCCAGUUUAUUAUUCAUAAAAAAAGUUUAAAGAAGAAAAUUUGUAUUACCAGGCAAUGUCAGUACAGUCCAUACUAUGACAACUGAGUUUCAUGUCAGACCAGAGUGUAUGCAAACAUUUGUAGAUACAGGUUUGAUUCUUGCUCACGUGAAGGCACUCAAUUAAUAGUAAAUAGUGUCAUUGCUUUUCUGUGUGCAAUAAACUCAUGUGAGCUUCCAUAACAUUCCCUAGGUAAGCGCUUUGCAUCAGGAGCUGCCGACAAAACUGUGAUCAUCUGGACUUCAAAGUUAGAAGGUAUCCUGAAGUACACGUAAGUGGAUUGCUUCAUGAUUAUUUUGCAUGCCUUAAAUAUCAGUUUUGAGUAUGGACUCCAGCCACUAUUAUCAAUAAUAGUAGAAGGAAUAUGAACACAGGUAAGAAGCUAAACAUGCAAAGACAAAGGACAUUACAUUACAUCACUUCACCAGGUUAACGGGAGAAUGAGAUAACAGGUUCUGAGGACUGUUCUCAUUGCAUAGCUCUCGAAAGGGUUUCGCUGCAGUUACUGCACUUCUGAAUUUUAUAGUACAUAUGCAUUCUGGAUCUGAUAUUGUGCUCCUAUUUUCCUUGUUCACUUACAUCACAGAAGCAGAUUGGCCCAGCAUUGUUUCUGUAAAUUCUGCAUAAUAAACAUUAUGUUACGGGGGGGGGGGGGGCGGGAGAAGUAACUCCUUCGAGAUAACUUCCUGAAGUGCUUGUAUUCAGCAUUAAAGGAUAACAAUAUAAGUUGCUGGGCUGAUGUGUUCUAGGUAAAGUUUUAGUUACUCAUUAACAGCCCAUUACCUUUUUCUUGUUUUAUGUAUUUAAGAACCUUUUAUUCCACUCUUAAGGUAAAAAUUGUCAAAGCAGCUAACGUAGCAAAAACUAAAACAAUAAGGAAUAAAUAAGAACUGUGUAAAAUAGUACCAACAGAAAGAGAGCUGAGUCAGAUCAGAGCAUUAUACUAAAACCCAGUAUAGAAAGGCUUGGGCAAAUAAAAAUAUAUUCCUGUGCCAUCAAGAGGACAGCAGAGCCAAUGCCAGUCAAAUGCGCUUGCACUGAGCAUUCUAGAACUGGGAUGCCACAACUGAAAAGGCGCUUUUCAUGAGCUGCCACUCACCUCUUUUCUGAAAGUAGGGGGACCACUCAAAGAAGGUUCUCUGAAUGGGGUCUUGGUAACCAGGCAGGCCUGUGUGGGUAAGGUUUUGCUUAAGAGACUGGUCUCUGACUUUUGAACCAACUCUGGUGCAGUGUUGAGAAUCACUAUAGAAGUAUCUCUGUAUUCCUCCCCUCUCCCCACACAAUGCUUGAACGCUUUAUAUUUUCAAAUAACCAUAUUGCACCCGAACUAUUUUUAAAGCCUGUUGGAUUUUGGUUUGAUUUGCACUGAGCUCCUGAUAGAGUUGGGUGAGGCUUAAAAAAAUAAACAUCCAAAGUUAUUUGUUUAUUAUGCCUAACCAGUGUUCAGAUUGUUUUGUUUCAGUGUUUCUGGUUAAUUUGUUUUAGGCACAAUGAUUCCAUACAAAGUGUAUCCUACAAUCCUGUCACUCACCAAUUGGCAUCUUGCUCCUCCAGCGAUUUUGGUACGUCUUCCUCAUCCUUAGUUUCUUAAGGCCAAAUCCUAUGACUUCACAUAGCAGUCAGGAAUCAAUCGGAUAGAAAUGCAAUGUGUGUUGUACCAUAGCUAUAAGCAGUUGAAGGACCACAGGAAGUUGCUAUACAGCAGAUCAGACUGUCUAUCUGACCCUGAUCUCAGGCAGAUCUCAGGUAUCCAGAGCCAGUCUUGGCCACUAUGAAAGCAGGAUGCUGGACUAGAUGGACCACUGGCCUGAUCCAGUAGAACCAUUGAUAUUAAUGGACCUGUGUUCAUCAUGCUCAUUUAUUUCAUUGGAACUACUCUGGCUAGGUCUAGACUUAGAUACAACAGUUGGUUUCAAAUAAUCUAUCAUGUAGAAUUCUUUUGACCAAAGAGAUAACUGAUUAGAUGUGGAACCUUCUAGUGCAAAGCAUGUGCUCUGUCAUUGUGCUGUGGCCCCUCGCUUGUCACUGCUGUCAGAUGGUGCAUUGUAGCAUCACGUAAAGCCAUUAUGCAGCACAUAAGCUGGCAGAGAUAAGGUGUGGCAAGGGGAAGGACUUUGGGGAGUUGUAUUUUGUUAAGAUUUAGGAACUCUUCUCUUUCACAUUCCCUUGUUGUUAUUGGUGUGAAUGUUUUCUUAUAAUGAUGAAUAAAUUGGAUGGUAACACUAUGCUGUUGUUAUUUUCAAGGUCUGUGGUCUCCUGAACAGAAGUCAGUCAAUAAACAUAAAGUUAGCAAUAAGAUCACCUGCUGUAGGUAUGUAAAUACUGCACUCAAAUAUAGUUUUAUUGCAAAUACUAAAACAUCUAAUGAGUUGCCACACAAAAGAUUGAGAACUCAAGUCAACAUGCAAUAGAGUUAAAAACAAAACUGAAACAAAUCUGACAAUACAAUAGAAUGGACAGCAAAAUUGUCCUCUAAUGAGUUUGUAGAAUUUUAUUAUACAUUUAAUUAUAAGAUAAGGUUCCAGGAUGGGUUGGAACAAAAGAGUAAGCAAUUAAAGAAACGGAUAAAAGCAUUGUUAUAAGGCACAUAAAACACUUCAAAAUUGAACAGAACACUACAAAUAUGUGUCAAUAGCUGGCUUUCUCAGAUAAAGAAUAUGUAGGCAUUAUCAUUUUGUGGAAGACCUUUCAAAAUCAUCUUAUAAUUUUUUUUAUUUGUUUUCAAUUACAGUCCAAUAAUAGCCUCAUUAUAACAAUACCAAUUUAUAACACAAUUAUUAAUAUCAAUCGUUCAAAUACCAAAUUAUAUAAUUUAGAUAAAGUGGCUCCCGCAUGCUAGAUUUGAUGGUUUGAUGAUUUUCUUUAUUUCUGUGUUCCAAAAUCUUACUAAUUUCAAUUACAUUCUGGUCAUAAUAAUAAUCCCUUAUACAACAACUGCAAUAUUAAUAACUUCUAUUCGUGUUCACACCUUAAAUUAUUUAUAAAACUACAAGUGAGGAACUCAAACUAUAUCCUUGUUCUUCCUGUGUGUGGCAAUUAUUCUGUUCGUGGUGUUUCUUCCUUUCCUUGUAAGAUGUUACGUUUUCCUUUCCCCCGGUUGUUGCUGUUAUCCAUCAUGCCUUGAAUGGAGCUGAUAUCCCACUGUCGUUCCAGAAAUUUCUCCAUCACUCCGCCCCAUGCUUCGUUGUUUUGCAACUUUAACAACAGCUGCAAAAGUCACUCUGUCCCUCUUGUCACCAUUUCCCCUCUCAGCCUGCGAAGAGUGGUCUGUCGAACUGCAGACAACUCAAUAAGGAACUAUAUCAGUUCCUUGGCAGUUCACAGACUCCUUUCAUCCUUCCUUCCAACUGAAGACAUAUGAGCAAUUAUUCUUCCAAUUAAAUUAAAUUAAAUUCCAAGUUCUCUUAGCGUUAUUCAGUUCACAUCAUAAAUAAUAAAGGAUGGGGAAGUUUCCAUCGUAAACCUUUUGCAAAAUAGAGCCUUCCUCCCCUUUUCAUUUUUUUUUACACAGUUUACACAGUUCCGUUUGAUGUUAUAUUUUAUAUUUAUAAUCCAGUUUCUUCCAUCCUCACUUGUACAAAUAAAAUUUGAACUAACAUUGAAAGGAGGGUUGACGAAUCAUAAAUGUAGAGAAUAAAACUUAAAAUAAAGAAACCGUAGGCUCCCCCCAACCAUCUUUUGCACUGAAUGAAGUCUUAUCUCAAGUUCAAACCUUAAAGUCCUUGCAAUUGGUUUGUUCUGUAGUUUAUCAUCUCAUCUCUUCUAGCAUGUGCCUGUGCUUUAGUCCAAUUAAGCUCUAAUUAACAGGAGAACCUCUGCUUCUUAAUGGCGGCGUUGGAGGGUUUUCAGCAGGCUUUUGCACUCAGUGCCUCCCUGCCCCCCGCAUUCCAUGCCGGAGUAAGAGCCAGGUACCAAGACGAACUGCGAGUGAAGCCCGUUCCCUCCUCCAUUCCUGGGGGAAAUUUGCAAGGAUAAUUACCCUCAGUCACCCUUGUUUUUCCUUCGCCAACGAUCUUCGCCCGGUGUCAUGGGGGCUGCUUCCAUUAAGGCAGAGCGGAACUGGAAGCCGACCUUUCAAAAUCACUAUUCAGUUAAACAGAGGUUGCCUUAUGCUGCUACUGCUCCAUAUUCCUAAUUAGCAUGUCCUCUCCUUCUUGGCAUGUAGCUGCAGUUCAUUUGGGCAAAUGUGUACUUUAAAGCCAUAUUUGUCAGUGCAGUGGAAGAGUUCAAGGAGUACUUUGUGUCCUCUUGAGCCUUUUAUGCCCACCACUAAGUAAAAGGUAUAAUUUCUGUAGGGCUCGUGACUCUCUCAAAUGUUGAGGAGAGGGGAAUUUUUUCAAACUGCUCUGUUAUUAUUCUUCCCCUUUCUCAGUUGGACUAAUGAUGGCCAGUACCUCGCUUUGGGGAUGUACAAUGGCGUGGUCAGCAUAAGAAAUAAAAAUGGUGAAGAAAAAGUCAAAAUUGAACGACCCGGUGGAUCUUUAUCUCCUGUGUGGUCCAUUUCUUGGAAUCCAUCAAGGUAAAUGUUGCUGUCCCUAUAUUGUUUGUCUUUGAUAGUGCCUGCACGCUAGUCUGCAUUUGACUUUUAACAGUAGUUCUAUAAACAUAAAUAAGAAAUCAUUUUGAUGAAGCUCAGAAGACUGGUUUAAUGCUUUCAUUUUCUUGGCAAUAUCAAUAAAAAUUCUUAAACUUUCUCCAAUUUGAAGGGAAUUGCUAGAUGCUGAAGUUGCUAAAAUUAACUGUUCCUGAAUCUUAAAAAAAAACCCCACAGAAAUAAAGCACAUUAUAACUGAUCAGCUCCCUCUGUCUGCUAAUACAGCAUAUGGGAUGUGGGUUGGAGGUUGACUUUGGAAUGAAGAAUGCCUAAUGCAUUCUUGGAUUGUUGAGACUCUAAUAAAAUAUAAAUAUAUUUGACGUAUUUAAAGGCUUUUUAAUGAUAUUUGUUGCUUAUGUGUAGCCCUGUAGGUCAAAGAUUCAAUAUACUCUAUCUCAAAUAAUAUACUGGAUUUUAAAACAAAUGUAAAAUACAUCUCAUAAUAAAACUCUGACCCUACAACUUAAUCUAGCCCCCCCCCCCCCCAGGCUACUCAGUGCUCUUAGAAUGCUCCUGGAAGAUCUUUAGUGCUUUGAUGAAUGUUUCUGGUAUGGGAGUUCCAUAGUUUAUAGGGAAGCUGUAUUUGCAUAGGUGUCCUGAGAGAUAAUAAUCUCAGGAGCAUGUGUUUGGUUAAUUUUAGAGCUUGUAAUACAAAGUGGGGAAGGAGGCAUAUAUUUAGAUAUGCAGGGAUUGACUGUUGCAUCAAAUGAUAUUUGUUAGCAAUUGCACGUUUACUAUUGUAUGUACACACAAGAGGGAGCUGCAGCAAAUUCUAGCUCCUCGGUAUAUGUACCUGUAUGGUUCUUAUGCUGUGCAUACAUAAAAAAAGUUUUAUAAACAAUUUAAGGGUUCAUAUAAAGUUAAUACCCUGUUUCCUACUGUUGCACAUUUCAGUACAGUCAUACCUUGGUUUUUGAACAGCUUAGUUCUCGAACGUUUUGCUCCUGAACGCCACAAACCUGGAAGUGAGUGUUCCAGUUUGUGAACUAUUUUUGGAAGUCGAAUGUCCAGCGGGGCUUCUGGGGCUUCCGAUUGGCUGCAGGAGCUUCCUGCAGCCAAUCAGAAGCCUUGCUUUGGUUUUCGAACGUUUUGGAAGUUGAACAGACUUCUGGAACAGAUUCCGUUUGACUUCCAAGGUACGACUAUAUUUGGAAACAGCUGUAUUUUGAGAACAUAUAUAAGAACCAUCCUACUGAACCAGAACUAAAGGCCUAGUCCAACAUCUUGUUCUCACAGUAGCCAACCAGAUGCCUCUGGGAAGCUUCCAAGCAGCACAAGUCCAACAGCCCUCUCCCUGCCCAUCAUGCGCUCUAGCAGUGGGUGUUCAGAGGCACACCAUCUCCAGUACUGAAGAUGUUACACAGCCAUCAUGACUAGUAGCCAUUGAUAGUCUUAUCCUCCAUGAAUUUGUCGAGCCCCUUUUAAAGCAGUCAAAAUUUGGUGGCUAUUGCUGCAUCCUUUGGAAGUGAAUUCCAUACUUUAACUAUGUGCUGGGCAAAGAAGUGCUUUCUUUUGCCGGUCCUGAAUCUUUCAACAUUCAACUUCAUGGGGAGGCAUUGAAGAAUGACAACUUACUGGUAUUUUCUCCAACCUUAUCCUUCUCUAUCCCACAGAGGGAGGGUCAUGUUUUCCUAAAGCCUGACAACCAACAGAGUUUGCACUGAAGAAGACUUACUGUCCCUUUUAGUAAAUCUGGGGAAGAAAAGUUUCAAAAACUACCUGGGCAAAGUGUUUUAACAUCAGGAGAGUUGAUCUUGGGCUAAUCUGUUUUGAAAUUUGAGUUUUGUAGCAGUAGGUCAUGUAAAUGAACAAUUGAUAUUUGCAGUCGAUGGGAGAAUCUCUGGAGUUCUAGAGAGAGCGAAGAGGAGGAGGAGGCAGGUCACGCCUGUUUAGAGGAUAUACCAGUUCUGAAGUCCAUCACAUGCAGUAGUCAGGGUAGUGAGGCAGAGGAAGAAGAACAUGAGGAAGAUGAGAGCCCUAGGAAUGCCAGCUCGUGAGUGCAAAAUCAGAGAAAUAAAACUAUAGUAUGAAAAUAUAUAUUUAAAUCUUAGCUAAUCUGUCUCAUUAUCAAUUUAUAAUUAUUGCUUCACAGUAUAUAAACGAAACAGUAUUUUAUUUAUAUAUUUGUGGCAUUUAUAUUCUGCUAUUCAGGUGGACCUCACAAAGCAGUUUACAUGAGAUUGCUACAACAAUAAGCAUUGGGUGUUUAUUUUUAAAAUAAGUUAUAAUAACAUGGAAAAGACAGCCACUUAGACAAAGCUGUAAUUGCUUCUCUCUGCUCCCCGUCAGGGCAAUUGGUGGUGAUAGAGAAGGGAGGGACCAUUACUGGGAGCUGGAUUAUAGUGAGUCACCAGACUAUUUCUUUUUUCUCCGCUCCACUCAAGGCAAAGUGGAACCCCCAUCAGGGCAGAUAGAGGCUCCUGUGAAGACUGUUGGAUGAUAGGGAAGGGCCCCCGCUGGAAACUGGAUGAUAGCAGCUCAUCAGGCUAUUUUGUGACUGCCUGAGGUUCCCUUAAAGCGACCUCACAGUGUUUGUCCAUACUUUCCCCUUCCAACAAAUUUCUCCAUUCUUGACUCUUAAGGAUAGUAUCCAACAUUUCUCAGCAUAAGUUCUGGCAGUCUUCAACAGAGGUUGAAUGUUUUCCCGAACUCACGUUUGGGAAAAUUUCCAUGUUUGUGCAGCUCACCUUGACUCUGGGGAUCUGUAGGCCACACAGAUGUUGUCUGAAGAGAUUCCUGGAGUUCCAGGUAAUUGUUGAAAGGGACAGUUAAUACAGGUCAACAGUGCUGGGCCCCGUGUUUUUUCCUGCUAAUCAGAAACUGGCAUUUUUUCCUCUUGAAUAGAUUGACUCCUACGGCUUAUGGCAAAAUAGCAUUUAUUUUAAUAGACAGAACUUUAAUUUACUUUAAUAGAAAGGUUUGAACAGCAGUUUGCCAAGGAUCAUUUUGAAGGAAAACAUGGCAACCUUCUGUAGAUGGUGGGAUAAGAGGUAUAUUUAGGCUUUGGAGUUGUAUUUUCUUUUGCACUUGUGUGCAGUUGUGCAAGUGAAAGGGAGCUCUACAUAUAUAGGAAUGAGGGUCAAGGGACAGUUUUAGGUAAGGUGGGGUGGAGACUCCUUUUCAGACUGAGGUGUCACAGCCCCUCCCAACCAACCUUCCAGGUGCUGCAAGCCACUUGUGAGCGCAGCCAAAAUAGGCAUGGCCAGGUACCUGUCUUCCUUGCUGCUCAGCAGUAUCAGCUAAGCUGAGGGACGAGGAGACAACCAGGAAGGGUUUGAACAACCCCUCCUCGCGAACUCUCUCAGAAACUACACACAUCCACACAACACAGUCCUCCUUGCCUUUGCACCAUUGGAGGCAGAUGGGUGGAAGGGGAUUAGAAAACUCUGUUUAUACAGCUGACAGCCAUAGUAGAGAACACUAGGGGCUAUCUGUUGCUUUGUAGUUCAUCAGAACUGUUUACAACGUAUCAUAAUUGGCUUCUCCUUUUGUGCAUGGUAGAGAUGAACACAAUGACAUCUUAGCUGUGGCAGAUUGGGGACAAAGGCUUUCGUUUUAUCAGCUCAGCGGCAAGCAAGUAAGUGUUAUAUUAAUACAAUGCCUUGGAAAGUACACUUUUUAUUUUCUUCCUGGGAAAGAACUGAGUUGAAAGUUCCACUUAUCCAGUAAGGUGUGAUUUUAAAAUUAUAGGCCUGCUUGCUGGCCCUUUGUACAGUAAAGCAUUUAUAUUUUUCUAUAUAAAUCAUUAGCAGCUCAUGGCUUGGAUUUGCAAGUUGCUAAGGAGAUAAAAAGCAUUGUCUCCUUGAUCAUUAGCCAGUUCAAGCUGUACUGUUUCUCAGGUACGCAUUAGAGUAGCUCCACAGCUGUGCUGAGUGGUGUCACUUGUCAGUAUCGCCACGUGCUUCAGAGCCAAGGACUGCUGAACAAGAAUAUCCUGACCAGGCUCCAUUGACUGGUUUGAAGAACAAAACUGGUGUAUGAGGUAGACUUGCCACCUACUACCAGAGCUAAAGACCCAUUGUAACCUAAAAGCAUUAAUUAAGGAAGGAAAAGGAAAGCCUGUGAGAUCAAACAGCGAUAUGUGACAGAUUUCAUAGGAACGUGUAUUUAAUUACUGUGUUACCUGUGAACUUUAAAAUAUAUAUAUCGGAUGUCUUCUUUCAUAUUGUUCUAGAUUGGAAAAGACAGAGUCCUGAACUUUGACCCCUGCUGUGUUAGCUAUUUUUCAAAAGGAGAAUACAUUUUAAUUGGAGGCUCCGACAAACAAGUCUCCCUCUACACAAAAGAUGGUGUGCGCCUUGGCACCAUAGGGGAACAGAACACGUGGGUGUGGACGUGUAAAGCGAAGCCAGAUUCCAAUUACGUGGUAAGAGUGAAUUGGUAAAAGCCCUUGCACAUGUGGAACUGCAAGGGGUCCCCCCACUUUGGGGUCAUUAUUUUGUUCCCACUCUCCUUGGUUCCAAAACCAUCAAAUGUGAGGGAUAAGUUAGCCAUGAGACAUACAGUCGUACCUUGGUUGACAAACACCUUAGCGGUUGAACGUUUUGGCUCCUGAACGCUGCAAUCCCGGAAGUGAGUGUUCCGGUUUGCAAAAGUUCUUUUGGAAGCUGAACAUCCAGCGGGGCUUCCAUAGCUUCCGAUUGGCUGCAGGAAGCUCCUGCAGCCAAUCGGAAGCUGUGCCUUGGAAGCAGUGGCAGAGGAACCCUCUCUGGCAGCCAGGGCAGGACACCGAGGGGCGGGGCAAACCGCCCGGUGAUGCACACGCGAUAUCCGUACGGAGUACGCACGCGCAGCAGCCCGUAUGGUCGCUGUGCGAGAGGUAGCCCGUACGGACGCCUGUAUGGAUGGUGUGCAAGAGCAGCAGCAUGUACGGUUGCUGUGUGAGAGGCAGGCCCGUAUGGACGCCCGUACGGACGGUGCGUGAGCGGCGCCCAUACUGACUGUGCGCGCCCUUGGCCGCUCUACAGCUGGGAGGAGGCAGGGGCCAUCUUGUCGUCCCCCCCCCCGAGUGGCCUGUCCCCUCUGCCCCCCACUUCAUACGCCCCUGCUUGGAAGUCGAACGUUUUGGAAGUUGAACGGACUUUUGGAACGGAUUCCGUUCGGCUUCCAAGGUACGACUGUGCUUCAAAACAAAUGGCAUGAAGGUGGCUUUUUACAGUUCUUGGAACAACAUGUGUCCUAGGGACCAUUUCAUGUGUUACAAAGAGAGGCAAAUCUGAGAAUACAGUCAACAGGACAACACAGCUGUUCACAGCUGGUGUUGCCAUAUGACUCCUCUUUUUUGGCAGACAUAUUUGUUGCAUUCUCCAGUGGUGGCAAAAGGAUGGCAUGUGGAUUAAGGUCUCCCGCAAGUGUAGUUAGCAGCCAGAUAACAUGUAAUGAUUAAGAACAGGUCUGUGCUAGGAAAAUUCACUGAGCUCUGUGGCAUUUUGCUUUAACUUUAAUAAUACUACUUCAAAGCUAAAAUGCACAUUGGGGCAUAUAACAGAUGAAUAAUGCCUCCAAUCUCUCCAGCCUUUUUUCGUUUCAUUUUUCCCUUACGUGUUGAGAUUUGUCUAUUUGAAAGGCAAAAUCUGCCUCUUACUUGGUACAAUGAUCUUUAAAAAAGGUCAAGUAAUCUAAAAAGGUUGCCACCUUUUCAGUCUGUUUUAUGGUUCGGAUACAUAAUCAUAUGGUUUUUGACUUCUGGUGAUCUUUUGCUUUCUCUUCAGGCAGUAGGAUGCGAGGAUGGAACAAUUUCAUUUUAUCAGCUGAUUUUCAGCACAGUCCAUGGCCUUUAUAAGGACCGCUAUGCUUACAGGGACAGUAUGACUGAUGUUAUUGUCCAGCACCUCAUCACAGAGCAAAAAGGUAGCUUUUGAGGGGCAUGUCUCUCAACUUGGGUGGAUAUAUACAGCUUAACUGCUGGCUGCAUAUUUGACAGUAAAGGUAAAUGGACCACUGACCCUUAGGUCCAGUCGCAGACGACUCUGGGGUUGCGGCGCUCAUCUCGCUUUAUUAGCUGAGUGAGCCAGCUCAGCUUCCAGGUUAUGUGGCCAGCGUGACUAAACCGCUUCAGGCGAACCAGAGCAGCGCACGAAAACACCGUUUACCUUCCCGCUGGAGCAGUACCUAUUUAUUUGCACUUUGACGUGCUUUCGAACUGCUAGGUUGACAGUACAAAGUGUAUUUAAAUGAAAAUAUUGACCUGCCGUUUUAUGCCAUGAGUAUGAAGGUUACAACAAUCAAUGGAGGCCCUGCUUUUUGAUUUGGCACCAAAAGUGGCCUUCUUUGUGGUAGCUUCUCAGCUUCAAUAUUACUUCCCAAAAGAAAUUAGACUAGUGCUAUUCCUGUGAUAUUCACUUUGGCUUUUAAUGAAGUUUUCUAUUCUCUUUUAAUCCUUUCUUUUAGUUCUGUUAAAUUAUGUGCAUAAUGUUUCAAAUUGUCCAGCGCUAAACAUUUUUGUGAGCCCUUGUUAGGACUGAACAACAAUCUAGAAAUCGUCUUGUAAAUAAUUUUUUUGCAUCCAGGAGACCUAGCGUACCCUCUCAGUGGGUAUCUUUUGGCAGCUGUCCAAGAUUUGUUGUUGCAGCUGCUAUUUUUGAAGUUUGCUGCUGAUGAUUGGUUUUAUUGCUUUAAAUCUUGAAUUGUGAGCUUCCCUGAGGCAUAGGGCUGGAAGGUGCAGGAUAAAAGUGUUUUUGCAAAUCUAUAUUUUUUUUAGAGAACAUGAAAUUUAACAAGACUUUUACUCGGAUGUCACCAUCCUUUUGGGGUCAGUGGGCACAUUUGGAAUUUUGAGGAAGGGCUGUGGGCACCAGUCACAAAAAUGGAAAGCAGAUGAGGAGUCAGGACCACAAAUGGGUGUGGGCAGUGCCAGAUUUAUGUAUAAGCUAAACAAACUAUAGCUUAGGGCCCCACUGUCUUGGGGGCCCCCCAAAAAAUUAAAGGAAAAAAACCUGGAUGUACAUUUCCAAGAUUUUAAGUUAGAGCUUAAUAAUUAUUUCACUAUUAAUAUACUUCUUCUUAAUUGUAUUUAACUAUUAAUAUACUUCUUCUUAAUUGUAUUUCAGUUCAUUGAUUGCUUUGAUAAAAUACAUAUUUUGUUAUGUGCAAAUGACUUUAGAUACCUAUUAGGUCCAUAAAUUACCAUAUAGCAUAUAUUCAACACAAAAACCUUCGACAAUUUGUUGUUGACAAAGGAUAGCUACACAUAUAAAGGGCCCCAUUACCUUCAGUAGCUUAGGGCCUCAUCAAACCUAAAUCCGGCCCUGUGUGUGGGCAUAUUCCUGCCCCCAAACCAGCCUAUCCAUUGCAACCUUGGGGAAAAGACACUUAUAUUAGCCACCACGGCACUUGUUCACAAAGAAAAGCUCUUUGCACCUCUCCUUUGUUUGGAACUGAUGAGAGGGUGGAUGUCCAAUCCUAGCAUCUAUUAUGAAAUGUGGACAUUUCUAAGGAUGUGCAUUCAAACAGGCUGAUUCAUUGCACGCAGAAACAGAGCAGGAAAAGGAAGCAGUUUCUCAUUGAUGGUGGAUUUUUGAGGAGAUAGUUAUUGAAACCUUUCAUGGGCACCAUCAGAAUACUAGUGGGCACAGUGGUGCCUACAAGUGUCAUGUUAGUGACAUCUUUUUAAACUAUAAAAAGAAUGAGUACUAGUAAUAAGUGGCUUCUAAUAAUUGGCACCAGGUAUCUGUCUUGUGUUGUAUGAAUCUAAAUAGAUGCUGUAAUAGGAUUUAAGGUACUUUAACUUAACCCUGCAAAACAGUUUACUAUUUUCUUUUCUUUUGUUCCAGUUCGCAUUAAAAACAGAGAGCUUGUCAAGAAAAUUGCGAUAUACAAAAACAGAUUAGCAAUCCAGUUGCCAGAGAAAAUCCAGAUUUAUGAACUAUAUUCUGAUGAUUCUUCCGACAUGCAUUAUCGUGUGAAGGAAAAGAUAGCAAAAAAGUUUGAAUGCAACUUACUGGUUGUGUGUUCUGAGCACAUUAUUUUAUGCCAGGUAAUUAAUAAAUAUAUACUUUAAAAUGAACUAUACACAUAUUGAAAUAUUUUUUUCUAAUAAGAGUUUCUUGGGCAGAAGUCAUCCAUAAUGAGCUAGUUUAUUUCAGAGAUGGCUGCGAGAUGAGGUGUGUAUAUUUUUUUCCACCUGUCCCACUCCAGAUGUUAUACGUACAUGGCUUGCCCAAAAUGUGGUAUUUAGAAGAAACAUCAAUAUUUCAUUGGGGGUUAGAUUCCCUCCCUUCUUUAAGUAUAGCAAUAUUAUCCCUUUUAUUUGGUUGCUAUCAGAAUGUUAAUAAAAUGUUCCCAGUAAAUCAUCUGUCCUUGCUUUUGACAUAGUUGUUCUUAGAGACACUAAAAUGGUUUGCUGCAGACACUCAAUGCAACAAUCUAGUAGUAAAAUAAUCUGUGGCUGUCCUUUAAAUGCUGUCUGGCAGUUAUUUUUGUCUCUCCGGAGGCUUCUGUCCUGCUUUGCUACAGUCUUGAAUAAUUAGAUUAUAAUGUGUGGUUGUAAACAUUUCUAAUGAAUGAUCCUUGAAGAAUUGUAGAUACUGUAAAACCAGUGUUGUUGCGUGGUUUGCCGGUGUCCAGGAUGCAGAGGUUCAUGGAGCCCUCCGCACCAGCCCAGCUCUUGCCACCAGAGCCAAGCGGGGCCACGCCGUGUCACUUGAUCACCCACCCAGUGAGGAGCCCAGCUGGCUGAUGUGGCCCUUGGCAGGCAAAUUCCCCCAACGCUGGCCAGCCAGCCAUUCAACAAGGGGGACACGGUAAAAAUGUUACAUGAAAAAAAAAAUACGAGGCACUACACUUCUGUAAAACAAGAAAAUCCUUAAUAAAAUAUAAUAAAAAAAACAACCAAGGGGGACACGGUGGUGAGGCCAGGCUCUGGGGCUCAGAGACCCCUGGAGGCAGGCAGGGUGGGAUGGGGAUCCCAGGGGUGUGUGCUUGGUUUGCGCCCCCUCAAAUUCAUGCGCCUGGGACUAAGGCCCCCCUCACUACGCCCCUGUGUAAAACUUUCCUCACCUGUUGCAAUGUAAGCGGUUGAUGAGUUGAAAAUCAGACUAAUAUCUGUACCUUGACUGCCUAGCAUGAAAAAGGCCUGGCAUGUGUACAGCACUGUUAGGCUGAGAGAUAUGAGAAUUACUUUAAUGAGAAUGUAACAUGUUCUUCCCUUUUUUAGGAGAAAAGGCUCCAGUGCCUCUCAUUCAGUGGUGUUAAAGAAAGGGAGUGGCUGAUGGAGUCUCUCAUUCGGUACAUAAAAGUAAUUGGUGGACCUCCAGGCCGAGAAGGACUUUUAGUGGGGCUAAAGAAUGGCCAGGUGACCUUUUGUGAUUAAGUUCAUAGGAUUUUGUAAAAAUUUUACUCAUUAAGGAGAUGAUUUAGAUGCUAAAGGGCCCAGUCAAUAGGCUGAAAUUGCAUAUUUGCUUCUUAGUGUCUUUGGCUGCUCUUUAAGUGACAUUUUUUUUGUUUUUUGCACGUUCUGUAUUUGAUGGUUACCAAGAAUUACAUGUUCACAGAAAGCGGAAGUUACUCAAAACCUUCCUUUGCCAUUUCUUUCCUUUAAUGGAAAAUGAGUUGCAAGUAACUGGUUUGCAAUAAGUUAGGAAAAGUACGUACUUCAGUAAAGUGCUGUAGAGAGCAACAUAGACUACUUGCAGCUUACUGUUUUGGAUGAAGUUACUACACUAGCUUCCUGGUAAGCUGGUUGCUGUUGCUUACCAGUGGGGAGAGGGGAAGAGGCAAAGUGGCAGGGAUAUUGACAGGAUGCAGUUGCACUGUGCCAGAUUGGCUCCAAGGUAUGUUUCCACCACAUCAACCUUCCUGCCACUUUGCAACAGUGACCCACCUGUUGGGAAACUAAUGCCGCCCCCCACCUAGGAAGCUGUUUUUGCUUUUAUAUUAAAUAUUAAAUAUUUUGGGGGGAAGAAGAAUCAAAGUGUGGAGUUAAUUUUUACUUCUGAUUCUUGUGACCCUAAACCUAGCCAUCAUCUUGCCUCAUGUUUUUAUUUUUAUUAUUUAUAAUCAAGGAAGUAAUUUGGGCAAAAGCGAACCGUCUGCUUUAAAUUGGUUAGACUAAUUAUUCUCCUGAGUUGUAUUCUCCAGUGCAUGAGACUGACAAAUAAAAAUAGUAUUGCUUUUAAGACGUAUUUUAUUAACCCUCUGAAUUUAAUCACAUCCAGAUUCUAAAGAUAUUUGUAGACAAUCCUUUUGCAAUUGUCUUGCUGAAACAAUCCACAGCUGUGCGCUGCUUGGAUAUGAGUGCGUCUCGAAACAAGCUGGCAGUGGUUGAUGAAAAUGACACCUGUCUAGUGUAUGAUAUUAACACCAAAGAGUUGCUCUUUCAGGUAAACAUUUGGAAACUCCAUCCCUUCCCUCCCUUUGUCUAGCUCUAGCCACAUGAUUGCAAAGAGCUAAAUCAGAGAAAUAGCUCUACCAUGCUGCUCCUUUGUCACCCUGUAUCUUAGAGAAAAGUUUCCCAAAAGGAUGAGAAAGGAGCCUUAGUGAGACUGCUUGGAUAGCUAUUAGGAGUUGUUAUCUACUAAAAAGAGGGUGGGGGACCUCUGGCCGGCAGAUCAAUAGUGGCCCUCUAGGAAGUCCAAGUUGACCUGCCAAGCCUUCUUCAAGCAUGAUCAUGUACCAUAAAUGAAGACCAUUCAUUUUUUUGUAUUGCAUCUUGUUUGAUCAUCCUCUAGGAACCCAAUGCUAACAGCGUGGCUUGGAACACACAGUGUGAGGACAUGCUCUGUUUCUCUGGUGGUGGAUAUCUCAACAUCAAAGCUAGUAACUUUCCUGUCCAUCAGCAGAAACUUCAGGGCUUCGUUGUGGGAUACAAUGGUUCCAAAAUUUUCUGUCUCCAUGUUUUUCCAUGA